AGUCCGGACACGCACGCGCGCGCUCCUGGACGUGGUCGAGGCCUCGCCUCGGCUCGUGCGCCCGCGUCCGUCCCCACCCCAGUUUUUUCUCCAUGGCGACGGCCAUCUCGCUCCCAGGCGCGCCGCUGGCCGCUCCCCGCGCGCGCUACUCCGGCCGGCUCGUCCGAGCCUCUCUCCCGCGCGGUGGGGCGCGCGUCGGCCGUCGCUCCCUGAGCGUCUCGGCUGCGGCGGAGGACUCCUCCGGUUUGGCUCCCAUCGCCGGCGCGCCCGCGUGGGAUGCCCUCGGCGGCGUCUCCGUCCUCGCCGCGGGCACCGGCGACGCCGUCCCGCUGACGGACCUGUGGGACCCCACCGAGGGGGUGGCCGUGGUGGCGCUGCUGAGGCAUUUCGGGUGCUUCUGCUGCUGGGAGCUGGCCUCUGUUCUGAAGGACUCCAUGGCGAGGUUCGACUCGGCCAGGGCUAAGCUGAUCGCCAUCGGCGUCGGCACUCCCGAUAAAGCUCGCAUCCUCGCAGACCGGCUGCCGUUCCCUGUUGAUUCCUUGUACGCGGACCCCGAGCGCAAGGCGUACAACGUGCUGGGACUGUACCAUGGUUUGGGUCGGACGCUCUUCAGUCCAUCUAGUGCAAAAAUAUACUCGAGGCUCGACCACAUCAAGAAGGCGACGAAGAACUACACGCUGGAAGGCACCCCAAACGACCUGACCGGUGUCCUGCAGCAGGGUGGAAUGUUCGUGUUCAGAGGAAAGGAGCUGCUGUACUCAUGGAAAGACGAAGGCACAGGCGACCAUGCUCCUCUGGACGAUGUGCUCAGCGCCUGCCGCGAUGUUCCAGUCGCUUGAUGCAUUACUUCCCUUUUGUCAGCCGGAUGUGUAAGUCUAAAACGCUGUGUAUGUGCCGGAUACUAGCUAGACUGAAAACCGCUCUGUUCAUCCAUCAGACGGAGUACUGAAGAUGCUACGGGAAUCAAAUCAAGAUUAUAACAAAAUGCGAAACACAUCUCCAAUGAAAUAAACCUGCUUGGUCACUCAAAUUCGUGUCUCUUUGGCCAUGCAAAUCCUGGUAUCUUAAUAUCUUAUUUAAGUUCCUAAUUCCUACCAGUAGAAUCACACUCUAGUCAAAUACAUGGAUCAGCGGAGAUGUCGAUACAAGAAGCUUGGUGUUCAGUUAGAUGUUUGGCGCUCCUUUCUAGCUUCUUUUCUCUAAUUUUCCUGUCUCGCCUCAGGCUGAGACCCCUGUAAUCUCUGCCUGGUAUGCCAGGCACAUCAUGUACUGUAACAAACUUACAGCUUUCACAUCAUGUACUGUAACAAACUUACAGCUUUCGUGCAA